AUGGCAAAAGUUGCUGCCACACAGGAUGUUUUGAGUAUUUUAGCAACAGCUGAAUUAGUAUUGUCUGUACAACAGUUUGUAGAGUAUACAAAUAAAAUCAGGAAACAUCCAGUGAGCAGCAGAUCUGCAGGCAGACACACCUUGUUAGUGAGAGCGGUCAGGAAUAAUGACUAGUUUGAGCUACAGCUGUGGUGAGCAGAAAAGCAUCUCAGAACAUAGAGGUGGAUGCAGGUGGGUUGGCAACAACAGUAAAAGUACAAGUGUUAGAGUGGGAAAAUGGUCUUAAUGAUACAAUUGAUCAUUUUACAAAAGCAUAACAGUAGGUAAAGCUCAGUUGUACAGUAUAUGUCUUUUUCAUGUACACAAAUGUAGUAGUAGGCUAUUCAUAAUUUUUUAUGAUUUGUGACCAUCAUCAUGAUGAACUUCAUCAUUAGAGAAUCACUAUGAGCAUGGAAUAUGGAUUAGUGAACUGUAUCCUCUGUAAAAAAAAACAAAAAAAAAACCCUGUAAUUUAUAAAUGCUUCAUAUUUUUCCAUAUAUCCAAAUUGCACCAAACAUAUUAAAGGUCGUUUUGGACUUUAAUUUUGAAAUCGCAUAUGUAAUUUCCUGUUGCAGCAGUUUAGUGCGUCCUGUCAGCAUGGUUCUUGCUCUGCAAAGUGCAGAGACUAACUAACCAACUAACUAACUAACUAACUAACUAACUAACCAGAAUUUGCGUCUAAAAGCACGUGGGUCCGCAGGUAAUAACGUGUGAAUUAUGUGGCGACUGAAAACAGUGCGACACAAAUCGAGUGUCUCUGUAAAAGAUUUGGAGGAGUUUAAAGAGAAGAGAAGAGAACAUGAAAAAGUCCUGAGACAGACCAGGAGAGACAGACAGCUGGUCAGUAAAAGGCUUCUGUUAAAUGAUGAGGAGCAGGAAAAUGACCUGAUGGAAACAAACUGUACUCCUUUUUCUCAAGACCAGAUUCGAGAGAUGUUGCACAAUGUGCAGCAUGGUGGAGAAGAGAAAGCUGCUCAUCUGGUGAUGCUGAGAAAGGCACUAAGAGACCCUCAGACUCACCCCAUCUUCACUAAGAAGGAGAACAGCAUGUAUGUGCUGGUUGGUCAGCUCAGCGGACACAAUGCUCAGUGCCAGCUGGAGGCAGUGAGGUGUCUUUAUGAGCUGUCCAACUCUCCUCACCCUGGUGUGGGCCAGUCAUGCUUGUCUGCAACCCCGUAUCUUCUCACAUAUCUGUCCAGCCCAAGUGCCAAACUGACAGAGCUUUGCCUGUACACAUUAGGCAAUCUGUGGCCAGAGGGUGCUGUAGUAAAAGAGAAGCUGCUGGUCCAGGGGAUAGUGCCUGCUCUGGCUAACUGCAUCCAGAAUCAAAGAUGUAAGCUGGCAGUGAUGGAGGCAGUGGGCUUUACAUUGUCACAGCUGCUUCAGGAUAAAGAUGCUGCAGACAAAGUUAUCCCGAUGGUCAUGUCCUCUGGUUUCGUCCCUUAUUUAAUUUCGCUUCUGACUCCAGAUCCAGAGUUUGGUAUGGGAGCUGCAAUCGAAUGUGCCUGGUGUUUACAUUACAUAGUAUCACGUAACCUGCUGAUUACACUAGGAGGGGCUGUUGCUGAAGUAAGCACUAAUGAUGGUAUGGAAUUGCUGAUCUGGCCCUUGCUGCGCUGCCUGGGUAACAUGCUUGCCAGCGGGGUGUGCGAGGCUGCAGGAUGCACAGUGGGAAAAGAGGAUGUCCGUCUCUUAGCUGCUCUGUGUGUGUUCAGCCAGACUUACUUAACCUCCCACUGUGCACUGAGCAGGGAGAGCCUGUGGGUCCUGAACAAUCUCACAGCGGGUUCACCGAUGUUUUGUUCAGCUGUACUGUUCUUGAAGAUGGUACCAUCUCUUCUCCAGCUUUUACCCUUUGCGAAUGGAAUCAAUACCAUGGUGUUAAGAAUUCUGGGUAACAUUGCUCACAGUGGUCCAGGAUACUGUAUUCAGCUGAUGCAAGCAGGUCUACUCUCUGUCCUUUGUGCCACACUCAAAAUGGCUGAUCCAGGCAUAGUAACACUGAGCCUGGAGGUGCUGCAUUUGCUCAUAGCUAAUAGCCCACAGGUAGCUGAAGAGUUUAUCAGGCUGGAUGGCAUUCCUCUAUUGGAAGCAAUUCAAUAUAACAAUGAAGAUGAGCAACGUCUUCGGGCAUCUUACAUCUUAGACCACUACCUUCAUGCUCGCUAAAUGAUCCCUCAUGACUGUGAGGACAGACAGGACCUGCACUCUUUAGAUUUUUAAAGAAAGACAAUCAUUUUUUAACAUGUUUACUAUUGUAUUAUUGUACUAAAUCUUACGAAAGUAUUUUGUCAACAAAACAUUUUGUAAAUAAAGUAUUUUUUUAAAUUA